UGUCUAGUUUUAACCAUGGAAAACCUACCGAAAGAACUCUCGCUGCUGGAAAUACGCAAGUUCAUGUUGCAGAACAAUUGCAAAGUGACAAACCAUGCGCUGGUGAAGCAUUUUCGGAGCUUUCUUACGAACAAAGAUACACAAGAUGACGCCAGAAAGCAAUUCAAGACGUACGUGAACGUGCUUGCUUCGAUCAAACACGAAGGUAAUGAAAAGUAUCUGGUUCUGCGGCGAAAGUUCUACGACGAAAUUCCAACAGAAGACUUGCUGAACAUGACCGUAUCGCAGCCGAUGAGUCCGGCUUCUCGGUCCUACGGAAUCGUACCGUCCGAUGGUGAAGCUUCUCCGAUGCGUGCUCCGCCACCGUACCGUCCACCGCCAAUCGUGUCACCGGAAGCGGUCUCCUAUCACGGUAGUCCACGCGGCAGUGUGGCCUUGAAUCGCCGGAACAGUUCGGAAAUCGGUCGCAGCGGAUCGGAAAUAAGUUUCGGUAGUGAAUUUGCCAGUGUUGACGUGAAGAAAGUGAACCCGGUUCUUGUCCGCAGCCAUAGCAGUGACACGCGCCAACCGCAGGAUGUCGGCGGACGUAGGCAAAGUGCUGAUGUGUACAAGUUCGACGAGUCCGUUCCUCCGGCCAUUCCACCACGAAAACGUGUUAGUGAAACGGGUAGUAGCUCGCUGGUAAACUCACGGCAGAACUCUGUGGAGGAGAAACCGGCAGACCCCGUUGUGGAGGGUCCGGGCGAGAAUAAGGAGAAUGUUCCCAACGAACCGGACGAAGGUGUGGUGGUGGCCGCCGAGGAAAACAAAUUAAGUGUGAAAGAAAAGAUGAUGAAGUUCAACCGGUUCGCGUCGGAGGAAGAGGCGAAAAUUCCGUCCCCAAUCGGGAAAAAGAAACCGGAGAAGAGCCCCGAGGAGACGAUCAACGCCGAAAACCUUCUACAGCACCCGAACGCUAAAGAAUGGCUAAUUGCUGCCGCGAAAUCGGACUAUCAACUGCUGGCGAAGCUGUCCUCCGAGCAUCCGACGCUGGUCAAGCUGCAGUUUCUUUCCUCAUAUACGGCACUCCAUUGGGCGGCGAAGCACGGCAACGAGGACGUGAUCAAGCUGGUGGCGGGAAAAUUGAAAGCCGAUGUCAACGCCAGAACGAACGGGGGAUAUACCGCACUUCACAUUGCCACGCAGUUUGGCCGGAAUGACAUUUUCGAGCUCCUGUGUAACGUUUACAAGGCCGACCGCGACGUGUUCGACUGGAGCGGCAAGAAGCCGCUGGAGUACCAGAAGCAGAUGACGAGCGUGUCCGCGUCGACGUACAGCAAAAUCAAGGCGCGGAAAAAACAUUCAGAAAAAGACUCGGGAUUCCUGAGGAUUGGUUCCCUGAACGUACGAGUGAAGAAAACCACCGAAGCCUUCAGCAACUUUUUGGGAGUUGGCACCAACCAGACGCGCAUGCCACCGACAGCGAUUAGGGCCAGCGCUCCGCCCGAUGCGCUCUUCAUCGACAAGCUGCACAAAACCUGGGGCUCGGCCGAUAAUAUUCAGCAGGAAGAUUCGGCCAUGCCUCCGCCAAAGUUUGGCGGUGUUAAAAAACGACGUCAGAAGCGCGACAUCGAGUACGAUCCCAGUAAUGACCAGUUUAGCCAGAGCGUUCCGACCACACCGAGCCAGGUGCGGGCCCCGGUCGGGACGCUGUCGGAACAUCCGGACGGCGAGUCGAUGGGAGACUCCGAUUCCGAUACGGCGUGCGGAUUCGACUCCAAUUGGCGACCGACUUAUAUCUGAAUAACUGCUGAGGCCCCAUCUUUUAUUUUGCUUACAUUCGAAUAGAAAUGUAUCUCAGUAUAACA